ACGCGGGGAUCCGCGCUGUGGCGCUUGUCUUCUGGGUGUGGUGAGAGCUGGCUGGCAGAGGAAAAGAUGCUAGAACCAGAGGAGAAUGGAUUGAUUGAUGUACCAGAUUAUGAGCAUGUAGAAGAUGAAAUUUUUCCUCCUUUCCCGCCUCCAGCCUCUCCAGAGAGACAAGAUGGUGAAGGAGCUGAGCCCGAUGAAGAGUCAGGAAGUGGAGCACCUGUUCCUGUACCUCCAAAGAGAACAGUUAAAAGAAAUAUACCCAAGUUGGAUGCUCAGAGAUUAAUUUCAGAGAGAGGACUUCCAGCCUUAAGGCAUGUAUUUGAUAAGGCAAAAUUCAAAGGUAAAGGUCAUGAGGCUGAAGACUUGAAGACACUAAUCAGACACAUGGAGCACUGGGCACAUAGACUAUUCCCUAAACUGCAGUUUGAGGAUUUUAUUGAGAGAGUUGAAUACCUGGGAAGUAAAAAGGAAGUUCAGACAUGUUUAAAACGAAUUCGACUUGAUCUUCCUAUUUUACAUGAAGAUUUUGUUAGUAAUAAUGGUGAAGUUAUGGAAAAUAAUGAACAUGAUGCAACUGCUAGUGAAUUAGAUCCCUUUUUGACAAACUCAUCUGAAAGUGAGAUGUUUGCUUCUGAAUCAAGUAAAAGCCUAACAGAAGAGCAGCAACAAAGAAUUGAGAGAAAUAAACAGCUGGCCUUGGAAAGAAGGCAGGCAAAGCUGCUGAGUAAUAGUCAGUCCCUAGGAAAUGAUACAUUAAUGAACAUACCCAGGGCACAGACAGUUGAAGAGCUUAAUACGGAUGAGGAUCAAAAGGAGGAGUCAAAUGGAUUAAAAGAAGACAUUGUAGACAAUUCAUGUAAUCAUACUAAUACUUUAAAUGCAGAGGAGGAAUUAAAAUUAGGGGAAACACUCCUGGACCAAUCUUAAAAAUGUGCAACAGUAACUUGAUGCUUCAUCCAGAAAUACUGCUGAAGCUGGUUAGGUUUCCAUUAAGAGAAAAUGUGUCUGUUAACUCACCAUCCUGCAAGCUUGGUGUUACUAUGCAUUUUUCUUCUUUGAGUGAAAAUCCUUAGGUAGUAAAACAUUUUUACAGAUUAUUGUUUAAAAUCUCGUAAUCUGGUAUUUGUUUAUAAUUAUGCUUGUCCCUUUAGUUAAA